CUUUGCGGCCGCUCUGUUUCUGGGUGUCUAGCAACAGCUAACUAGCCCAGACAGCCGGCAGGCAUCAGCAGGAGCAGCAGCAGCAACAACGAGAUCCCUGCCAAAAAAAAUCCCUCGCCGUCGGGUUUUCACAGUUUAGGGUCGCUCGGCGGAGAAAAAAAAAGAGUGGGGAGACAACCGCGAGCCCUGCGCAAAGAUAUGAGCGGCAGCGGGCGGCCCAGGACCAGCUCGUUUGCUGAGCCGCCAGGUGUUCCAGGAGCCGCCGCCGCGCCCGCCGGAUCAGCCGCUGCCGUGGGGAGCAGCACAGGAAAGUCCGGGGUCCCGCAGGCCUCCGGGAGCAGCUUAUCGGGAUGCUCGAACCUCAAGCUCGCAAGAGACAGCGGCAAGGUGACGACAGUGGUGGCCACGCCGGGUCAGGGCCCGGACCGCCCACAGGAAGUCUCCUACACUGACAUCAAGGUGAUCGGCAAUGGCUCGUUCGGGGUGGUCUACCAGGCCCGACUCAUGGACAGCCAGGAGAUGGUGGCCAUCAAAAAGGUUCUCCAGGAUAAGAGGUUCAAGAACCGUGAGCUGCAGAUCAUGAGGAAGCUGGACCACUGCAACAUCGUCAGACUACGUUACUUCUUCUACUCCAGCGGAGAGAAGAAAGAUGAAGUGUACCUCAACUUGGUGCUGGACUUUGUCCCCGAGACGGUCUACAGGGUCGCCCGGCAUUUUAACAAGAACAAGAGCAUCAUUCCUAUAAUAUACGUCAAGGUGUACAUGUAUCAGCUGUUUCGCAGCCUGGCUUACAUCCACUCUCAAGGCGUGUGUCAUCGCGACAUCAAGCCCCAGAACCUGCUUGUGGACCCAGAGACCGCCAUCCUCAAGCUGUGUGACUUUGGCAGCGCCAAGCAGCUGGUCCGCGGCGAGCCCAACGUCUCGUAUAUCUGCUCGCGCUACUACCGAGCACCCGAGCUCAUUUUCGGCGCCACCGACUACACGGCCAACAUCGACAUCUGGUCGGCGGGCUGCGUGCUGGCCGAGCUGCUGCUGGGCCAGCCUAUCUUCCCAGGCGACAGCGGCGUGGACCAACUGGUGGAGAUCAUCAAGGUGCUCGGCACGCCGACCAGGGAGCAGAUUCGGGAGAUGAACCCCAACUAUACAGAAUUCAAAUUCCCUCAGAUUAAAGCUCAUCCUUGGACCAAGGUGUUCAAACCUCGCACGCCGCCAGAGGCCAUCGCGCUCUGCUCCCGCCUGCUGGAAUACACGCCGGCCUCCCGCCUCUCUCCGCUGGAGGCGUGUUCGCACACCUUCUUUGACGAGCUGAGACAGCCCAACACGCGACUGCCCAGCGGCCGCGAGCUGCCCAUGCUCUUCAACUUCAGCACUACAGAGUUGUCCAUCCAGCCUCAGCUGAACCCCACACUGAUCCCUCCACACGCUCGCGCCCACACAGCUCUUUCCUCUCACGACGGUACCGGCCCGGACGCCUCUCAACUGGGUUCAGUACCAGGAUCUCUUAACAGCAUCUGAAGCGGCCAAUUGCCUGCUCUGCCUGCCAGCCAGCCCCGCCCCCUCUUAUUCUCAUACAUACACACACACACACACACACACACACACACACACACACACACACACACACACACACACACACACACACACACACACACACACACACACACACACAAAGAUAACUGCUCAUCUCGGCCCUGCUUGCUGUCCUGGUUGAUGACGUUUUUGUACAGUAAACAACACUGCGGCCGAUGAGACAAACACACGCACACACACACACACACACGCUGUCUGGCUGCUGCUACAGUAGUGGUAUGUGAAGGUUCAAUAGUGGGGGCUGGUCCUCUGUAAUAUAACCUUUUUGUUAUUAUUUUAAAUCACAUCUCUCCCUCUUCUUCAUCCAUGUUUGUGUUUAUUUAUUUGACUUUUACUUUGAUUCUGCUGUCUUUUUAAGUCUUUUUAACCAAGAGGUUAACUGCCUGAGCGAGACCAGAAUGUUCUAUAGGUCAUCAGGGUCGAGGAGGUGUUCACUCAGGAGAUAUUCCCAGCUUCUUCCAGCCCUAGCAUUAUUUAAUUUUUUUUAGGCUCUGUGCAUUUUAUUUUUUGGAAAAAAAAAGCAUUUAAAUCCCUUUUAGACUCCAAAAAGGAGAGAAACGUCCUCUCCGGUCCUGUUUUUAGACAUUUGUUGACAUUUUAAAGCCCCGAACCAUGCUUGAAGCACGAACACACACACACACACACAGUAGCACACACUCGUUGACUUACCUUCUCGUUGGCGUGCAAAGAACUCACGUCAUGACCGAACGCCGGCUUGGAAGGCAGAUGAGUAGUGGCGGGCGAGGAAGUACUUGAUGAAUGUCAGUAGUCCUCAUGUAGCAGCAAUCAUCCUACUUUUCUCCUCGCUUGUUUCUUUUCAGUUGGGACUUCCUGUUAGUGAAAGAGAGGAGCACUUCCUACACUUUAAGCAGAACUUUGACUGUAGCUCCCAGUCAAUCAGACUUUUUUCAUUUCUUUGCACAUUCAUGUAGUGACUGGAAAUGUUUUGUUGUUCUUUUCCUCCUCUCGGCACACGUCUUUCUCCAAAGCCAUGCUUAAUGCGUGUGUAAAUAUCAUGGGGUUUUAUCAUUUCACAGUCUGUUGUUUCUUUUGUAAAUACACCUGCCGUGUCGCCACCCAAACUGUAAAUAUUGCAAAGGAGGAAAAAAAGAAAGACUCCUGUGUGUCGACGACCUUUCUCUCUCUUUCUCGUCCAAGUAGCUGUUCACUGAUCAGGUUUCCUCAGCUCUUCCCGUGUCUCUUCUCUGUGCAAACUCAAUACUCCCCCAGGCUGUAGGAUGCUCUUACACCGCAUAGCCUACAGGUGGCGCCAGUAGCUCGGGGCCGCUCUUCCGCCUGCAAACAGCUGCUUGUUGGUGUCCGUCAUGAUCCCUGUGCAGUAUUUCGGGUGGAAAAAGUGGCGUUUUUCUUUUGCAGGGAA